UGAUAGAGACCGCUGACCUAUCACCAGGCUUUAGUUGAGUCCUUCCUCUCUCGUUCCCCUGAGAAUCUCUUAAUUGUUCGGCAACGAAGCAAAACAAAAGAAAAAAAAAAGAAAGUUUUUUUCUCAAUCUCUCUCUGGAUCUAGCUGAGCAGCAUUGCAGCCGUGUAUAAGCUAUGGUGACAAUCCGGAGCGUUUCAGUGUUUAUCCUUGUUCUGCUGGCUGUAUCAUCCCUAGCUUUGUUUGCAAAUGGGGAAGACAAGACGAUCAAAGUGAAGAAAGUGAAGGGGAAGAAAGUGUGCACUCAGGGAUGGGAAUGCGUCUGGUGGUCCGAAUACUGCUGUAACCAGACCAUAUCAGAUUACUUUCAGGUUUACCAGUUCGAGCAGCUCUUCGCCAAAAGAAACACUCCCAUAGCUCAUGCCGUUGGUUUCUGGGACUACCAGUCUUUCAUUACCGCCGCUGCUCUCUUUGAGCCUCUCGGGUUUGGUACCACUGGUGGAAAGCUCAUGGGACAGAAAGAAAUGGCUGCCUUUCUCGGUCAUGUCGCCAGCAAAACCUCCUGUGGUUAUGGAGUCGCAACAGGAGGGCCUUUGGCUUGGGGUCUUUGCUAUAACAGGGAGAUGAGUCCAAUGCAAUCUUACUGUGACGAGACCUGGAAAUACAAGUACCCUUGCAGCCCUGGAGCUGAGUACUACGGACGUGGUGCUUUACCCAUUUACUGGAACUUCAACUACGGUGCAGCUGGGGAAGCCUUAAAGGCCGAUCUCUUGAACCACCCUGAGUACAUCGAGCAGAACGCCACACUUGCCUUCCAAGCUGCUAUCUGGAGAUGGAUGACGCCGAUAAAGAAAGCUCAGCCCUCUGCUCACGACAUCUUUGUUGGUAACUGGAAACCAACCAAGAACGAUACUCUGUCCAAGCGUGGCCCGACUUUUGGCACCACCAUGAACGUUCUGUACGGAGAGUACACGUGUGGUCAAGGCGACAUUGAGCCGAUGAACAACAUAGUCUCGCACUACUUGUACUUCCUGGACCUCUUGGGUAUUGGAAGAGAAGACGCCGGUCCAAACGAGGAGCUCAGUUGCGCUGAGCAGAAAGCAUUCAACCCUGCAACUGCACCUACUUCUUCCACUUCGUAAGUCUCUCUCCUCCGUAUUUGCGGUUGUUCUCAAGAUCCUUUGCUUCUUCACUCGACAAGUGUUUACGUAAUAAGUGUGCUAUUUUUCUUUAGGGGUUGUCCUCCCUGACUCCCUGUAGAACUUAUACAAACGAAAUUUUAUAUCUGUAUGUAUGUCGUAUUGAAUGCAUUGUUAUAUUUGCAGAGUGUGUAAAAGUAACUGAAAGCAUGUAAACCAUUAAUGUGUGUUGCAAAUGAUGUUUCUAUUCAUUUUUAUUAUAUCA